CGUCACUCCGUGUCGUGCUUUUAUAAAAGCCACACUGGUAGUACUGAAAGAUACAACACGAGAGAGAGAGAGAGAGAGAGUACAUAUAGAAGUGGAAGACGUGUACAAAAAGUUAGUAUUCUUCUAACGAAACUGUGCGUGGUUCAACGCAAUGACGGGAUUCACGGAGAGCGCGUUGGUGAAGCGCUUGAUGGAUUUGAACCCGUCGCAGCAGAGUAUCCAGACUUUGUCGCUCUGGCUCAUUCACCAUAGAAAACAUCACCCGACGAUCGUGAAGGUGUGGUUCAAAGAAAUGUGCAAAGCCAAGGACAAUCGGAAAUUGAUGUUUAUGUACCUGGCAAAUGAUGUAAUCCAGAACAGUAAGAAGAAAGGACCGGAAUUUGGGAAAGAAUUUGAGACAGUUUUGCCAAAGGCCUUCGAGCAUAUGAAGGGUUUCGACGAAAAGACAAGAGAGCGACUGAAUAGGUUACUACAGAUCUGGGAAGAACGAGGAGUUUAUGACAAGACUCAGAUAGCAGAAUUCAAAGCAGCCUUUGCAGACGCGAUAAAGGACUCAGGAACACCGCCGCCACGAAAGAAAGCGAAAGUCGACAUUGAGAAGAUAAAGAAGGACAAGAAAGAAAGGAAAAAGUCCGAAACUGAAGUAGUAGAAGUGGACGGUACCAAAGAGCUUCACGUAACACUGAGUCCUCGUACACCAGCUGGCGACCCACCGGAAACCGAGGAGCUCAUAAAGGCCUUAAUGGAUCUGGAAAAUACCGCGUCGUCGGACGCCGGUGUUAGGGAACGUAUCGCGUCGUUGCCACCGGAAGUGUCAGAAGUCUCGUUGCUUGCCAAUCUUGCCGACCGUACAGCAGCGGAUCAGUUGAGCGUCGCGGUCAACGAAGCCGCCGCUCUUCUUGCUGAUUAUAACGGUCGAUUGCAAGCUGAGAUGGAAGACAGGAGAAGACUGUUGACGAUGCUCCGAGAUUACACCUUGGCACAGAGACAGCUACUUCAGCAGGCACAAAGCACUCUAGAGGAUUAUAAGGAAAAACUGAAGAAAGUCUGCGCGGUUCGAACGGAGGUGAAGUCUCACAUUUCAAAUCUUCCUGACUUGACGCAAUUGCCGGACGUCACAGGCGGCCUAGCGCCUCUUCCCUCCGCUGGAGAUCUGUUUUCCAUGCACUAGUGUAAGCGUCACACGAAAGUUGCGUUUCUAGUUUUUAUCACUUUAAUUUUGCGGGUAGAAAAUGACACGAAUCGUGGAGCCGAUAGAUUUUUCCCCUUUUUACAUCAUUCAGAAGAACGAGAGAGUGGUCCACGGUGACAUUAUAUUGUAAAAAGAAACGUUUGAUGAAUUCGAAUAAUUCGAAUUUAAUAAAUUAUAUUGAAAUGGAAUACCCGUGUCAAGUACGAAUUCAAGGCGAGAGAAGUAUUGAAAGACAAGGCGAGUUAUUGUGACUAGUGAUGUAUUAACAAUGGCUACAAAUGUCUGAACAAUACAAAUAUACAAUCGCUACGCAAAUUGUUCGUGUAAUAUAGCUUUCGGUUUUAUAUUUUACGUGAUAAGUUGUUCGACUCUUUCCGAGGACUGUCUUCACGGGAAAAUAUACCGAAUGGAUCAACGAGAAUUCCCUUUUCCGAAAUGAAUCGGCGAGAGAAGAAUUCCAAGUAGCGUGAAAAACGCAAAAGAAGAUAACGUUCCUGCGAUGUGACGAGGCGAAAAAACUCGAAAUAUCGUUCGAAAUAUAUUAAACUCAUUUAAUAUAAUGAUUAAUUUUACAAAAUUUAUUUUAUACCAAUCGAUAUAAACGGAUCCGGCUCUUAGAUCGGUCGGAUGAUAUACAAUACUCAAAACGACUAAAUUGCACGCAUUAUCGAAUGAUAAUAUAGAUUUAGCCAGGUGAAGCUAAGAAAUAUAAGGAAACAUCACACCUAUUUUAUAAUACAUUAUUUUAGGACCCGUAUUAAUGGCU